AUGAUCGCUGCAGGCGGCGCCAAGUAUGAAUGCUCUUGGUGCGGCAAGCGCUUCUCGCGCCCGAGCAGUCUGCGCAUCCAUCAUCACUCACACACCGGCGAGAAGCCGUUCGUGUGCCACGAGCCCGGCUGUGGACGCAGCUUCAGCGUGCAGUCGAAUCUGCGGCGCCACCAAAAG